AUGGGAGCUACAGGUUACGGCUACUAUCGCGUGACCAUCUUCUUCUCCAUGUUUAUUGGCUACAUGCUGUACUUCUUCAAUAGAAAGACAUUCUCCUUUGUGAUGCCUUCAGUGAUGGAGGAGAUAAAACUGGACAAAGAUGACUUGGGUCUGAUCACCAGCAGUCAGACCAUGGCCUACGCCAUCAGUAAGUUCAUCAGUGGCGUGUUAUCGGACCAGAUCAGUGCCCGCUGGCUUUUUUCUAUUGGCCUCUUUGUGGUGGGAGGCAUCAACGUGGUCUUCUCCUGGUCCUCCACGGUCACCAUGUUCUCACUGCUAUGGUUCGUCAAUGGCCUGGGACAAGGUUGUGGAUGGCCACCGUGUGGAAAGGUGCUCCGCAAGUGGUUUGAGCCGUCCCAAUUUGGAACAUGGUGGUCUGUGCUGUCGUGCAGCAUGAACCUGGCAGGGAGUCUGGGCCCUAUCUUGGUUACCGUGCUCCUACACUACUAUGACUGGAGGACCAUCCUAACUAUGUCAGGUGUCUUCUGUGCUGCCUUCUCACUUGUGACUCUGGUGUUGGUGAGAAAUGAGCCAAAAGAUGUGGACCUGCCUAGUAUUGGGAUGGCACCGAAGAAGGGAGCAAUAAAACGCAACAGUGAGAGUACCCUGAGUGAGUUCCUCAUGUCCCCUUUCCUAUGGGUGCUUUCUCUGGGUUACUUGGUGGUGUUCGGGGUGAAGACAGCAGCGACAGAUUGGGGCCAGCUUUUCCUAAUGCAGGAGAAAGGCCAGACUGUUCUUAUGGGGAGUACUUACAUGAGUGCCUUGGAGGUAGGCGGCUUUGUAGGAAGCCUCGCAUCUGGUUUAAUCUCUGACAGAGCUGUUGCUCGUUCCGGCCUGGGCACACAUGGCAACCCUCGCCACAGCUUGCUCAUUACCAUGAUGGCUGGUAUGUGUGUGUCCAUGUACCUCUUCAGGGUCACCAUCUCUCCUGAAAUCCCAAAGGAGGCUCCUUUUUGGGUCCAAGUCAUCCAUCCUGUGUCUUUGCUUCUCGGUGUUUCAGAAAAAGAGAUAUGGAUUCUUUUUCUCGGUGCUUUGUUUGGAUUUUCCUCUUACGGGCCGAUUGCCUUGUUUGGUGUGAUUGCAAGUGAAAGCGCUCCUUCCAAUUUUUGUGGAACCUCACAUGCCAUUGUAGCACUGAUGGCAAACGUUGGGGCUUUCCUGGCUGGACUCCCUUUCAGCACUAUUGCCAAACAAUACAGCUGGGAUAUGGCAUUCUGGGUAGCUGAGGUCCUAAUGGCCAUCACUACAGUUUUGUUCUUCCUUUUUCGCAACAUGCGCACCAAGAUGGGAAGAAGAGAAAAAAUGGACUAA